AUGAGAUCGACCUCCUUGCCUUCCCUCUCCUCUCAUCAACUCCCACUCCCUCAGGCAGCGCUCCGGCGCCCGCUUCGCGGCCGCACGCUCCCCAUCGAGUACCGCCUGUACAACCUGAAGCAGCUCGCGUUCCUGAUCCAGGACAAUAUUGAGGCCAUCUAUGCCGCCCUGCACAAGGACCUGAGCAAGGAGCCGCUCGACAUUGAUGUGGGAGAUGUCUGGCCCAUUCUCAACGAGAUCGAGCUCGCCGUCCGCCGCCUCCCCGAGUGGAUGGCCGACGAGAAGGCGACCCGCGACUCGGUCCUCGCUUUCAAGCUCUCGCGCCCUCACGUCCGCCGUCAGCCCAAGGGUGUCUCCCUCAUCAUUGGCGCCUGGAACUACCCCUUCCAGCUGACGCUCUCGCCCCUCGUCGGCGCCAUCUCCGCCGGCUGCCCCGCGAUCAUCAAGUGCUCCGAGCACUCGCCCGCGUCCGCGGCGCUCAUCGCCGAGCUCCUGCCCCGCUACCUCGACCCAGAGGCCUACGCCGUCGUGAACGGUGCCAUCCCCCAAUCGACCGCGCUCCUGAAGAAGCGCUGGGGCCACAUUCUCUACACCGGUAACGGCGCCGUCGGCAAGAUUGUCGCGACCGCCGCCGCCAAGACCCUCACCCCCUCGACGCUCGAGCUCGGCGGCAAGUCGCCAACCAUCGUCGCGUCCGACGCCAACAUCACCAUGAUUGCGCGCCGCAUGAUGAGCAUCAAGCAGCUCAACAUUGGUCAGAUGUGUGCUGACCCCAGUCUCGACGAGUUCUACCCCAAGGGUUCUGAGCGCUCGCUCAUUGGCAAGCACGGCCAGGCUGCCGCGUUCCGCAACGCCGGCGACUAUGACCGCAUCGAGGGCAUCAUUGACGAGGCGCAGAAGGGGGGCAAGCUCAUUUACCGCGGCGAGGAGGACAAGCCGAACCGCCGCAUGGGUAUCUCGCUCGUGCGCCUGAACAAGGACGGUGCUGGCGAGACGGGUAUCCUCGUCGAGGACGAGAUCUGGGGUCCCGUUCUCCCCAUCAUCCCCGUCGAUGAUGUCGAUGCCGCCAUCGAGUACGUCAACGCCCGCCCCACCCCUCUCGCUCUCUACGUCUGCUCUGCGUCCCGCUCAACGUUCGAGCACGUCAUCAACCGCACGCUCUCCGGCUCUGCGAUCUGGAACGACUUUUCGUUCGCCCCCGUCGUGCGCACUCUCCCGUUCGGCGGCGUCGGCGAGUCGGGCUGGGGCUCGUACCACGGCGAGAACGGCUUCCUGGCCUUUUCGCACCGCAAGGCCGUGCUCGAGAUGCCUGGGUGGAUGGAAAUCGCCCAAAAGUCGCGCUACCCCAACAACUACGUCGAGGGCACGCACAAGCGCAUGAAGAUGGUCAUGACGGCGCCGCUCGGCUUCUCCCGCCCCGUCAGCGUCGAGCAUGAGCGCCGCGCUCUUGAGCGUCGCAGGAACCGCCGCACGUUCUACCUCGGCGUCCUCCUUGUGCUUGUUGGCGCGGCGGCCGGGCUCGGCGGGCGCCGCAUCGCGUCGUUUCUUGGAGGACUCAAGGCCAAGCUUGGUCUUUAA